AUGUACGGUGAGUGGAACGUCCAUGCCGAAGCCGCCUUGGCGGCGGCACUUUUGAAACCCAAACGCCUAGCCCUCACCGCUUCGUCGUCUUCAGCACCGGCACCCUUGGCGAUCGAGAAUUGCAACAUUCCGGUUUCAAAAAAAGAGUCGUCCCCCAAGAAUACCAAGAAGGCUGAAGCAUCAUCGUCCUCGUCAUCUUCUACCUCGUCCGGGGAGGAGGCCGAAGAUGAGCAAGAGGAGAGCGAGGAUGAGCAGGAGGAGGCCGAUGAUGUGCAACAGGAACCCGCCAUGCCCGAAUACUACCAGUGGACUGAUGAUUGGCACGAUGUCUACGCUCAGCUGUUGCACAUCUACGAAAGUUCCGAGCUUAAUACCAAGCGGCGUAGGAUCAUGGACACGCUUUUGGCUGACCUUCGCAAAGCGAAGGGGCACUUUGAUGCAGAAAACCAAAUGACGACUGCCUACAAGAAAGCAUUGGACGAAGUCAAGAACCAUGUAAUGACUGAACUGAAGACCCCCAUCGUGAUCACCAAUGAGACUGUUUCCGGAUCCGUGAACGACUUGCCACUCAAGGAGCACUUCCAUCAGUACAAGGCCAAGACGUUGGUGGAUAUCAUCGAGAAUGUCGCUCUGCAAGAUGUGCCAUGGGAGUCGAUUGCGACGUGUCUUGCCAAUGAACGAUAUACUGAACUCCCACCUCCGUUUCGCACCGACCGUGUUGCAGACACUGAGUUCGUACUCCAGAUUGGGGUUAUCAAGAAUUCCACCGGCUCCUUCGGCACUGUGAUCAAGCACUUCAUCUUUGCAGACAAGACUACUUCGUUACGCCACAUAGAGGAAAUUGUACAUGGCACUGGGUACCUCAUCGACUACUCACCCAACUUUCGAAGUGGACCUUGUGCAUUCCAAAUUCUUCUGCAAAGAAUGUCUCACUGGAUGGUGUCGUUUCGUCGGCUAGAGCAGAAGCAGCCCAGGCCGGUCAAAGAGGAUUGUGGUGAUCUCCAAGCCGGAUUUGACUACAUUCGAGAGUUCGGCCCGAAAUCCAACAUGGGAAAUGGCCAGACUGAAUGGGCUGAAAUUGAGACCCGCAGACUUGGAGGACCGCUGCAUGGUUGGAGUGCGGGGUUAGUCAAGGAAUGCUUGCGAAACCAUUCAGCUUCGAAUGUUUACGCUCGUCCAGUCACCAACUUCUUCUUGACACUCCACGACGUCGCAGGUUGGUUUUUCGAUGACGUGUUGGUUGAGAUCCUGGGUGACCUCAAAAGCCACACUUUGGUGAUGAUGGGGAUGGCCGAAACAGGGAAAACACCGGUGGCUCAAGCCAUCGCAAUGGCGAUCUCAGAAUACCAUAUACUGGCUGGUGGGAAAGAGCAGGAACUGCGGCCGUCCUUUCGCCUCGUUGCUUCCCUGGACCAGCUGCGAGGUGAAUCCGGCAUCAAGGAACGUCCGGAUAUCCUUGAUGACCCGGAUACCAGCGUCAUGUCCGUGACGAAGCUGAAAGCUUUCCUUGACAGCACUCUUACCGAGACACACACCGUGGAACGGUGGACCACUUCAAAAUUCGUACGCAAUCAGCUCCGAGUGAUUUGCGACAAUCGAGUGGAUGAUGAUGCCGAGCCAGACUUACCGGAGUCCGAAGGCUUCAUUAAGUUCGAGACCUUUAUGGACAUCAUCUCACCAGCCUUCCCCGACAAGUGUUCAAAGCAGGACCGUAUGGCCUGCCUCAAACGGGCGCAUUGGAUCGUAAACAUGAAGAAGGCUCUCUAUCUUCGACCUGCCGGUACCAAGACAGUUCCUGUCAAGCGCAUCCCCUACUUGCACGGCCAGACUGACUUCUUGAACCAAGAGGGCAAGGAUAUCUUACAGGCCAUGCGCGAUGGCAUUGAGACACCACCAAAGAAUUGGGUCCAAAAGAGACAAUGGACUCACGAUGUCCUGAGCAUGAUCAUCGAGAAGAAAGAGCGACCACGUCGCACUGCCACGAUUUUGAUUCCCGGGUCAGGCGGUAACGGUCCCACUUCUCGUGACUCAAAGCCACAAGUUCCAUUCUCAGGCCGCAUUUGUCCAGACUUCUUGCCGACCGUGGACACCGCCGCUUCUAUGGAGGACAGGCGCGAGGCUUCCUCUUCUUUGCCAACCGCCGCUAACAUUGCCUUAAAGACGGAGGUUGAAGAGAAAGCUUUCUUCCCGCUCAUGGUGGCGUCCCACGCAGAUGACGUCAUUGACUUGGCCACGCCAACACCUCCUCGCUGUAAGCGUCCUCGGCAAGAUGAUGCCUUUCCCGACGUGGGCGAGGACGUCGACGAGCACUGCUUUGAGAGCGAUGUAGCCUUCCAAAAAUAUCUCAUUCACCGUCGUGUUCUCGACGAAAACGGUGCGAAUGUUUCCUUGUCACUGAGGGCAAUCGGCAUCUUCUUGAAGUACGGGGCUGCUCUACAGAUAAAGAGAUGCACUAAAUGUGGUAAGCCCGCUCGCUUCGAGCAGCGAACCUCGAGGGGAUGGACGACUUUUGGAUGGACAUGCAGUGCUGUUGGGCACAAGCACAUGGAACUACAACUCAACCAGUACGGCUUCCUCACUGAAAUACCGGUGAAUAGCUGGUUCCCGUUUCUCCAUCUCAUCAACAUGUUGCGUCUUUCUAUGAACUGGUCCACCAUCAUCCAGGAGUUGCAGGCGGGCUAUGGCAACAUCGCCAAAAAGACGAUUGCGAAAUGGCGUGACGUCUUCCAGAGGGCUAUCGGUGCUGCUCUGGACAAAAUGGACUGCAGGGUCGUCGGUGGCAAGAAGGAGACGGUCGUCAUGGACGAAGCCAUCGUCGGAGUCCAUCCUGAAGAUGGUUGGUCAGUUGGUUCGAGGGGGAUCAACAAAGCUGGUGCAGAGCAGACUAGGACAACGGCGCGCCUGGAACGGAAAAAACUGGUUUCCAAGGGUGCCAUGAAAAGGCUGCCAGCUCGAACACUUCAUGGGUCAGAGAAGGCUUCACGCACCGGGCCACAGCUCCUGAAGAAGCCGGCUUCAACACACAUGAAGCGGCCAUGUGGUGUGAUGAAAACGAUCCUGAAGAAGCCUGCUGCCGUUCGACCACCAGCCAAACGACUCAAGAAGACUGCCGCAAACCUCAAGACAAACGGUGCCUGGCUAUGGCUUGCUGUCGCUGUGGGCAAGAACAAGGAGAUCUACACCCAUGACAACGGCAAGAAACGCAUCACUUAUCGUCUUCUGCCUUCUCGCAAGAAAGCCAUAAAGAACAAACCUCGCGGCUUUGAAGAAAUCCAAAACACGGUUGAAAAGCACGUCGCGAAAGGCUCGUACUUGGUGUUUGACGGUUGGACUGCUACCAAAAAGGCUGUGGAAGCACUAGGCUAUGAUUACGCACCUCCUGUGAAACAUGAAAAGUGUUUUCGUGAUCCUGCUACGGGGUUCCACACGAAUGAUGCAGAGUCUGAAAACGGCAGGCUCAAAAAGUGGUCAAGGCGCCGCUAUGGAAAGCUUUCUUUGGACAUACUCGAAAUGGAUGAGUAUGUCUUUUAUGUCAAUGUCGGAACUGACAUGUCUUCAAUCCUGAAAGGUGCCUACAUUGGCUUGGUUGUCUACGAGAAGUCGCGACUAUCGCAGCUUGUGGAAGCAUCAAAAAGGUCAAGUGGCUUCUGGCGGACAGCCAGAAGAGAAAUGAGUGGAGUUACGGAGCAGACGCCCGCUGCAGUGGGAAGGACAAAAGACGGCAUCCCUACAUGGGGCGGUGAUGCCACGACCUUUGUCCACUACCAGGAGGCCGCUCUCCUAUGGGAGCAGUCGCUUACAUGGGAGAAGCGGUACACAGCGGGCCCCAAGCUGGUGCAAGAGUUGAGUGGAGCGGCCAAACGCCUGGUGGCCGGACAGCCACCGGGAUGGGUGGCCUACCGCGGCGGUGUGACAGUGCUGAUGGACCACCUUCGGCGAGCUCUUGGGAAACCAAGAGUCACAGAAGUCACCGACUUGUUGGCCGCCUACUUCAAAGGCACAAGACGCAAACCUCAGGAGAACAUGAACGAUUACAUCACCAGAAAGACUGAGGCGUACAUGAGGGCGAGCCAAGCACUGAAGCGAGUUCAGCCGCACUACGAGCGAGAGACAACCCAUGCUACCCUCUAUGAGCCGGAAGCCCGGCGAGCAAGCAUGGAGAGCUCCCACCGACCGUGGUCCCGUCAGUGGACCCCAGCGAAUGAGGAGACCACUGCAGGGGGAGCCGAAGCUCCCACAGAGGCUACCGGAGAUGGAGAUGCAGAGACGGCCACCCGGGCAUCAACGCAGGCAGAAGAGGACCCCUGGCGUGGAUGGUACAGCCGGCAAGAACCUACAGGAUGGAACACGUGGAGUGGAUGGUCGUGGAACUACCAGUGGGGCAGCUACUGGAAUCGCCGUGACUGGGCCAGCGAUUCUGGCUCUACAAGGACUUCGACCCAGGAGGGGGGAGCCACCAUGGAACUCCUACCACAGUUCAUCCAAGGGUGGUACCUGUUGGCAGACGCGAACAUCGACUCCAAUGAGCGCAACAUCGUGAUGACAGCGCUGGGAGGGAACUUCGAGCCCCAAAGGGUAGCUCAAGAACUCCGGAACCAGUUCUCCGAGUACGAUGUGAAGAAGCGGGACUCCCAACGGAGAUACCAGAGCUACAUCGGGGAGGCCAUGGACGAGGACGAGGACCAGCACGAGAUCUAUGACGACAACCUCGACCACCUUCCCUCGGAGGGGAUGUCCGAAGAAGGCCUAGCCAUGGUGGUGGACGCCGAAGAAAUUGCUCAGGAAGCCAUGGCCACGAUGUUCAACGCCAGGAGAACCUUACGAGAUGCCAGACAGAAGCAACACGCUGUCAAGCAAAACCGCAAGUACUACCACGGGAACAACCGAGGCAACGGUGCAGCAACUUCCUCGUCUACUACCAAGCCACGAGAUGAUAGCAACAUCGAGUGCCUCCGAUGUGGCCAGCGUGGUCAUCGAGUUGCAGCCUGCCCUCACAAGCCCCUGAGUGAGACUAAGGGCCAGGCCAAUCUCGCCGAGGACAACCAGAAGGAACCUCACCAGGCUCCCUUCGUGUGCUUCGCCGACGUUCCGGAUGACUCCAUCGCGGACCUUGACCAUGCCGCCUUCCACGUUCGCGACGUCCCCAAUGACGACCUCACAACAGCUGAAGCCGUCAAACGCGGCAUGGCCGUGAUCGACGGCGGCGCGACCCAAACCAUAGGGUCAGUGGCCGCUGUGGAGGCCGUGAUGAAGCAGAACCAGGCCAAGCGAGGGCACAGCGGUCUUUCGGGAGUCAAUGCCGAGGAUCCCCCAGUGUUUUCCUUUCGGAACUCCACGGAGAACCGCUGUCUGAGCACAGCACGCCUCCAGAUCACCGCGAAUGGCAAGCCUGGCGAGAUGCAGAUCCACACGCUGGAAGAUGGCGAGAGCCCCAUUUUGAUGAGCAUCGACACACUGAGGCGAGUAGGUGCCAUCAUAGAUUUUGAUGCUGACCUAGCAGUCUUUAGGAACUUAGACCCAGGCCGAGUCCUGAAGCUGAUCCGCGGCAAGUCAGGGCACCAAUUGCUGCCUUUAACCGAGGACUGGAUGGAACAAUCUGUGAAGGUCCCAAAGCCGGAUACCAUGGACAAGAUGACAACUCCCCAGAUGGUCCUCUCUCUUCGCGCCUACGGAGAGGAUCCUCCCAAGGGAUGGUCCAAAGUGCAGCUGCUACAGAGGCUCAAGGAACUCGAGAGCGAAGGGGAGAUCACAGCACCUACCACUCGAUCUACCAAGACGCCCCUUCAGGAAGCGGUGCAGGCACUCAACAAGGCGGGAUCCAAGAAGGCACUCCUUCAGAAGUAUGUGACGGAGGAGUGCGGCAUCAAGAUCACGGGCAACGAGACUAUGCCCAUUCUCACGCAGAAAGCCAUGAGCCACCUCUUGGCAUCGGUGGAGCCAGUGGGGUCAGAGCCACUGGGCUUCGGGAAGUAUGCGAACCAGACGUUCGAGUCCGUGGCCUCCCACGAUCGCCAGUACUGCCAAUGGGUAGUGACCACAGCUUCGGAAGGCCAAUGCUCGGAGUAUCUACGCCGGUUCGCUACGUGGCUCCAGAACACCGAGCGCAACAAGGAGGAAAAGAACCCCAAGGCGAAGGCCAAAGUGGACAUUGGCCAGUUGAUGACCAAGAAGAAGAGCGGCGGCUACACCACGACCGGCACGGAGGACCCCAAGACCGGCACGGUGAAGGAGGAAAUCACCCCGCGCGACAGGGUGACGAAGGAGACGCCUACUCCGACGACGACGGCAGCCACCUCGAGUACGAUGGACCCGGUGAUCAUGCAGCUGGUGUCGGCGGUCCAGACCUUGGCCCAGGAAGUCCAGCACCUCAAGGAGGAGAAGUCCGCGGCGCAACCCCGCAAGAUCCAGGCCAAGGCGGACGAGUCGAUGACGAGCGACGAGGAAAGUGUGAACUUUAUGCUUGUCAUAGAUGAAGGGUGCCUUCGCUUGGACCCAGCCGGAGCCUUCCGGAGUGCAGCUGUAGAAGAAUGGUGCGACAAGCACAACAUCUUUCUGGACAUAGUCCCAGGCGAGGCCCAUUGGAAGAUAGGAACAGUUGAGAAUGCGGUAAAGGGCGUGAAAGAGCUGAUGACAAAACUCUCCCUGUACGACAAUGAGCUGAGUCCUCAACAAGCGCUAGCUGAAGCUAUCACCACCUUUAAUCACAAGGAGAUCAUCCGCGGGUAUUCGCCCGCCCAGCAUGUGUUGGGUCAAGCUCCAGACGAGACAGGUCGUUUCAUACCUCAUCUUUCACAACCACAUCCCGAUCUUCUGGUCGAGAACCCUUCCGGAGAAUUUGAGCGAAGUGUCCACCUCCGAGCUACGGCCGAAAAGGCCUUGUGUGACUGGAGUGCGCAUCAGAGACUGAUGAGGGCCAAACACUCUCGCCACCGGCCUUGUUACGACUACGUGCCGGGCGAGCUGGUCUACUAUUGGAGGACCCAGGACUCCAAUAAAGGACGACGACAACCGGGAGGUAAACAUGGCAGGUUCUUAGGACCUGCCCGGAUCCUGGCUACCGAGACGCGACGAGCUGAAGAUGGGAGUGCAAAACCAGGCGGGGCAGUAUGGCUUGUCAAAGGUCGCAGUUUACUUAAGUGUGCACCAGAGCAAUUACGCAGGGCGACCGAACGUGAAGAGCUGGUCGAAGGACUGAGUGAUCCCUCUCAACAGCGGCUUUCCUGGACCUACCACACUGUGGCCAAGGAGAUUGGGGGCAAUCGUUUCGAAGACAUCAGUGCUGAGACACCCAGUCAGGAGGAGUGGUCCCGCGCCCAAGAUCCAGUUGAGGAGACACAACCCGUGCGAUUUCGACUGCGCUCUAAGCGCGGGGCCACUGCGGAACCAGCCUCCACGGCCAUGGAGGAGGACCAAGACGAGGCCGCGCCAACGUCAGCGACCCGAGAGCGCUCACGCUCACGGGGCCGUGCCGGAACCAGUGGCUCACAGCCUGAAGAACAUCCCACCGCAUGGUGGAACACGGUGCGAGAGGAGAAGUGGCCUGAACAGGAGGCCAGCUACUGGUCAGACAAAGCGGCGGCGGUGGAACUGGAGUUCACUCUACCUACGACCCACCGAGGACAAGAAAAAGCGUGGAGAGACCUCAGUGGCUACUUCAUCGGUAGCAUGAAGCGCCGGGCAGUGGAACUCUCUGAACGUCGCAUGACACCAGAAGAACUACGUGAGUUCCAAGGGGCCAAGGCUAUUGAAGUCAAGAAUUUCGUGGCUUCCAAGGCUUUCGAGAUCCUCCCGGACCACUUGAAGCCGGACAAAAGCCAGGCGAUUGGAAUGCGUUGGAUUCUAACCUGGAAGUUGCGAGAAGACGGCACCCGAAAGCCCAAAGCUCGUGCAGUACUUCUCGGCUACCAAGACGAGGCCUACGAACAUAGAGCCACGACCUCACCGGUCAUGACGAGGCAGACUCGUCAACUCCUCUUACAGGUUUCAGCGUGGAAGCGCUGGAAAGUGCAAAAAGGAGACGUCACCGGAGCUUUCCUACAGAGUAGGCAGUACCCUGACAAGCUGUAUUGCAUUCCUUGUCCUGAGAUCUGCGAAGCCCUUCACAUCCCAGCCGGAAGCGUGACCAAGGUCCAGAAAGCUUGUUAUGGAUUAGUUGAUGCACCUCUGGAAUGGUACCGCUCAGUGGAUCAGUUUCUCCGGGAACAGGGGUUUACCAGGUUGUGGUCGGAUUCCUGCUGUUGGGUUCUCCGGGUCGAUGGUUGUCUUCGGGGAAUCGUCAGUGGUCAUGUCGAUGAUUUCCUUUUUGGGGGAAAAGAGGGUGACGAACUGUGGGAAAGCAAGCUGGCGGCCAUCAAAGCCAAAUUUAAGUGGGGAGAUUGGGAAUCAGGGAAGUUCACGCAAUGUGGGGUGAUCAUAGAACAAAAGCCCGAUGGGUUUGAGCUUUCCCAACCACACUACCUCGACAACCUCCAAGAGAUCAACGUGUGUGCUAGCCGUAAAAAGAACAGGAGCCUCCCCACUACCGACAAGGAGAAAUCCCAAUUACGCGCUCUGCUAGGAGGAGUCAGUUGGCACGCUCAACAGGUGGCACCAUACCUGGCUGCCGAAGUAAGCCUUCUCCUAACCGAGGUAUCCCGCAGCACUGUGGAGACGAUCGUGAAGGCCAACAUGCUACUCAACACCGCCAAGUCCAAGCGGUCCUACAAGAUGAAGAUCCACUCCUUCGAUGAGUCCGAUGAGCUCACCAUGGUGAUGUGGGUCGACGCGGCCAAUGCAAACCGCAUUGAUGGUGGGUCCACACAGGGCUUGUUCCUCGGAGUCACGACCAAGCAGAUGCUCCAAGGGCAAGUUUCUGCUGUCUCCCCUGUGGCAUGGCACUCUCAGAAGAUAGAGAGAACGUGUCGCUCACCUGGAGCGGCAGAGGCGCAAGCAGCUGUCAACGGCGAGGACGGACUCUACUGCGGAAGGCACCAGUGGAGUGAAAUUCUCCAUGGAACCGGAGACCUACACGAUCCAGAUGGCCUGGUACGACUUACAGGUGGCUGCGUGGUCACCGACAGCCGCAACGUCUACGAUCGACUCAACACCGAAGUGCUGGUGGUCAAGGGGGCGGAGAAGCGCACAAGCAUUGAGCUCCUGGCGAUCAAAGAAUCACAGCAGAACACUGCUGUAGAACUACGUUGGGUUCACAGUGAAGCCCAACUGGCCAACAGCCUGACUAAAGCAGGCGGCUACCGGGAGUACGACCUCUACCAUAAGAUGAACCAUAGCUGGCGUCUCGUGGAGGACCCCAGCAUGAUGUCCGCAAAACGCCGAAAGGAUCUCGGCCUACUACCUUUGGAGCAGCCCAAGGCCGAACCCAAAGUUUCCGAGGGGUUAGAUGGUUUUCAUAAUCAAGAGUGA